GCUCCAGCGCUGGUUCCCAAGGCUCCGUGCUGCGAGCCGGCCCGGGCAGGGAGGGGGGCCAGGUGGUCUCGCUAGCGGCGUGAGUGGCAGUAGGACUCCGGGGGCUCCCUUCUGCCCCAGUUCGGAGAAGUUUCCUUAUCUCCCUGCUCAGUCUCUGGAGUAUGGACUUGCCUCCCCCCGGGCAGGGCCCCAGCUGGAUGGGGGCUGUGCUCGUCCUGGGGGGCCAGCUCCUAGCACUCUGGCCUGUGGCAGCUGUGGAAGUUCACACUUCCAGGGAAGUAGAGGCUCUGAAUGGGACCAAUGUACGCUUAAAAUGCACCUUUUCCAGCUCCAGCCCUGUUGGCCAGCGUCUGACGGUGACCUGGAACUUCCGGCCCCAGGGAAUGAACUCUGCUGAGUCUAUGUUCUACUACUAUGAGGAGCCCUAUCCCACAACCAGUGGGCGGUUUAAAGAGCGAGUUACUUGGGAUGGGAACAUUGACCGGAAUGAUGCUUCCAUCGUUGUCUGGAACUUGAAUCCCACCGACAAUGGGACGUUCACUUGCCAAGUGAAGAACCCUCCAGAUGUUGAUGGCACGAUUGGUGAAAUUCAACUCCGUGUUGUGCAGCAAGUGCAUUUCUCGGAAAUCCACAUCCUGGCUCUGGUCAUAGGGUCUGCCUGUGCUCUGAUGAUCAUUGUGGUGAUAGUGGUAGUUGUCUGGCGACACUAUCGGAACAGACGGCAAGAGAAGAGCACUGAGAUGGUGGAGACAGAACUAACAGAAAAGGAGAAGCUGAAGAGUACAGAAGAAAAUGUAGCUGUCCCAUUAGAAGACUAAAGUUCUCUGACUAAAGGGUACAUACAGUGCAGCUUCUCCCCUGCAGAAGUUUCAGAAGCAGGUGGCUAACCCUUCUGAUUUCAGAUGUUAGAACAAAGCUGAAUUACAGAUGUCUGAUGCCGCAACUGUGGUACCCUUGUUCCCUUUAAAAUUUGUGCCACGGCAAGACAAUGGGAUUAAAAUAAUGUGUGAGAUCUUAUUUCCUUCCAUUGAAACAACGCAGGGGAAACUUGUCCUAUCAACAGUGAAGUUGUCUUUGGUCUUCAGUCCAGCUGUAGCCAUUUGAAGAAGUGUAUGUCCUUUGCAGAAUUCCAUUUGAUUGACUUUGUUAAAGAGAAAAAAUCCCAAGAGAACUAUAAGAAAUUCAAAGAUUCAGGAAGAGAUUUUCCAAAAUUCUCAUCUUGGCCUCUGGAAGAAUAUUGGAAAAAUGCCUUUUAAUUUUUUUUAAACUUUUUUUUCCCUCCCUCCCUCCCUCCCCACAAAACACCCCUACCCCCUGCCAUAUGUGUAAAAAAGAAAAUGGGGGGGGGGGGGAAAGAAUGAUUGUCACUCUGAAUGAAAAUGGGCAAUGGUUUACCCAUUCCCAUUGCAAACUGUCUGUGCUUGCCACACUCUUAUUAGUUCUUGCUUUAAUUUUUAAAUUUGGUUUGAACUAUUUUUUCUCUCUCAGAGAAGCUCUUUAAAUGUUUCUAAAAAGAAGAAUGAUGAGACAGUUUGAUCACAGGGACAGCUUAUUGCAAGAACGGGGUUUUGAUCCCGUUGUUACAUGAAGUGGAAAAGUGUUACAGUUUUGGACCGUGUGCUGUAUCUUUGGCUGGUAUGGUAUUUAGAAGUGGAUGCAUAUUUCAGUUUGACUUUUGUUUUACAUUUUAGGUGACUUAGUGUGUCUGUAAGUGACAGACUGAGAACCCUGCCUAUUACUAUGGCAGUCUCUGCCCAUUCCUAUUCUACCAAUGCACCAAAAUCCUGACUUCCCUCUGCUGUUCCAGACCUGGUUCCCCCGCACUCAUUUCUAUUGAUUCACCUCAGUCCUGACCUGCAGCACCUCUUGUUGUUUCCCAGGACCUAUGCACAGUUUGCAGAUGCCCUUCAACUUUGGCUUGCAACAGCCACUUCUUUUCCAGCCUAGAGUAUCUCCUAAAUAAACACUACCAGUUGUGCCUAAUCACAGUAAAGUUUUAUUUCAUAUCAAAGUUCAAUGGCUUGGUUCCAUUAUAUCAAGAUUCUGGGAGGU